UGAGGUGUUCUUGGUGGGAGUGGAGUGCACAUUCACACACUGUAGACCUACAUUUUUUCUAUUCAGCUGUUUUUUCUUCUUCUUCUUUUCGGUGUGCUAUCCGCUGGUGUUGAUUAUUUUAAAUUCUUAACUAGGAGUUGUUGUUCUUUAAUAAGUUUGUGAAUUUUAACAGUUUUUGAACAAUAAAGUUAGUUUUACUUUAUACUGCAUUAGAGUGCAAGUGAUUUUGUACCAUAAUUUUUUGGAGUGAAAAAUAAAAAUAAAGUAAAAAUUUCUCAACAAUGGCAUCGGGGGCAUCGGAUCUGGUACAGCUGAGGAGAUACGACACAAGCCAGCCCUGGGGGUUCCGGAUGCAGGGAGGGAGGGAGUUUGGACUGCCUUUGUUUAUUGUCAAUGUCUCACCAAAAAGUAUCGCCGGGAAAGCCGGACUUCAAAAUGGCGACGCUAUCCUCGAGAUCUGUGGCACCAACGUGACGGGGUGGGGGCACCAGGAGGCGAAGAAUGAGAUGAUGAGAGCAGGGAAUGAGGUGGAUCUACGUGUUGCCAGGGGCGUGGUCAACACGUCCGACCCCAAGGUCAAGGCCGCGUGCGGCGUCGGCCAGGGCAACAAGCGGGUCGAGCUGGACGAGGGCAGCAUCAACCCCCACAUGAACGAGGGCUCCAUGUUCAGGAACGUCACGCCCAAGACCUACAAGAUCCUGGAGGCGCAGCUGGGAUCCGCCGAGCCGGCGCCCUCCGCCCUGUCACAGCAGCCGGCCCAGCAGAUGGCGCCCGUGCAUGCCCAACCAGCCCAACCAAAGCCAUCUUCCAUCUUUGACAGAAAGAAGCAAGACAGGUCAGACUAUUUAGUGGCCCAAGGGCAGACCAUUCAAAAAACUUACGGAGAGCAGUAGUUUGGAAGAGUUGUCUUUUCAUGGUCAUGCAUUUGCUUUCACGAUUAAACUUUCAAUCCAUGUGCCCUGCUAUUUUGAAAAGCAGUUGAAUACAAUAAAAACUGGUGCUUAUUUAUUUAGUUUUGUCUCAUUGCCUUGUGUUUAAUAAUGAUGCUAAGCAAACAAUUUUUGUAAAAGUGAUUCACGUGAAGAAGUUAUUGCAUUUUAACAUUAUUUUCCUUUGUUAA